AUGUCCACCCUUAUUUCAUUGAUCUUUUGUGUUCUUUCCACGCUGCAAAAAAAUCAUGUCAGGAAGGAGGCUUUUCAGCAGUUAAUUGAUGGUGUAAGCUACUGCCAUGAUAAGGGAGUCUACCACGGAGACCUCAAGCCUGAAAACGUUCUUGUGGACAAAAAAGGCAACAUCAAGAUCUCUGAUUUUGGUCUCAGUGCUUUACCUCAACAUCUCGGGAAUGACGGAUUACUGCAUACUACUUGUGUUAGCCCCAACUAUAUUGCCCCUGAGUUUCUGCAGAAUAAAGGAUAUAAUGGAUCUUUGUUAGACAUCUGGUCUCGUGGAGUAAUCCUUCACGUAAUGCUUGUAGGAUAUCUUCCAUUUGAUGACCAAAAUAUUGUUAUUGUUUAUCAGAAGGUAGUGGUUUAUCUCAAUCUGAAGUGA